AUGCCUAAUGGAAACCUCGAGAAAUGGUUGUGUUCUCACAACUAUUUUCUGGAUAUCUUGGAUAGGUUCAACAUAAUGAUUGAUGUGGCAUCUGCAUUAGAAUACCUCCAUCACGGUCAGACAGUACCUUUGGUCCACUGUGAUUUAAAGCCAAGCAAUGUUCUGCUAGAUGAAGAUAUGGUUGCACAUUUGAGUGAUUUUGGCAUUGCAAAAUUAUUAGGUGAUGAGGACUCAACAAUACAAACCAUGACACUAGCAACAAUUGGGUAUAUAGCGCCAGACAUUGCGACAAAGGAUUGUGCAAUAUCCAUCUUGCAAUUAGCGAUUGAAUGUUCAGAAGAAUUACCGGAGGAGAGGAUUGGCAUGAAAGAAGUUGUCGAUAAACUACAGAAGAUCAAAAUCAAGUUUUUAAACGAAUCGAAUAGGCGGUCCUCAUGAAGAGACUUGUCAUGUAGCUGACGUUUUUAUUUGAUCCUUUUGAGCUUAUGGGUUUGUUUCCUAAAUUUUCUAUCUUGUAGAAACUAUUUAGAAUUCGAAAUUAGCCAUUGUUUAAAGCUUUGAGGUAAUUGUUGGG